CUGGUUCCUCUGGUUCCUCUGGUUCCUCUGGUUCCUCUGGUUCCUCUGGUUCUUAUGUCCGACUGCGGGGACGCGGCGGGGGGGGCGGAGGAGGAGGGCGAGGGCGAGACGGGCUGGAUCGAGGGCGCCGCCAUCCUGCUGUCGGUGGUGUGCGUCGUCAUGGUUACGGCCUUCAACGACUGGAGCAAAGAGAAGCAGUUCCGGGGUCUGCAGAACCGCAUCGAGCAGGAGCAGAAGUUCUCCGUGGUCCGCGGGGGCCAGGUGGUGCAGGUCAAGGUCUCCGAGAUCGUGGUGGGAGACAUCGCCCAGGUUCUCCUCUUGGAUCUUCCGGCUCCGGCUGUCCACCCUCAAGAAAAGCUGCUCAUAGACCUGACCAACACCCCCGACCUGAUCCGAACCAAUAACAAGAACUGCUCCACCAAUCAGUUGAUCGACUUGACUUCCCCUCUUAUAAAAUGGAGUCCGGAGGAUAAACGUGAGAACAACGCCCCCCUCAUCAACCUCUCCUUUUAG